CAUUCUCGUUAGUGCUGCUCCAGCGUUUCCGGUUUGGCUUUUCCGGUUUUUCACUACAGUCGCAAUGGCAGUGUUUUUCAGCCGGUGUUUGCAAGAGCUUCCCAAAAUGAACAUAAACGACGUUCAUCGGAUAUGUAAGGAGACCAGCAAAGCCCCCACUAGCAAGCUGGAGAAAGGCUUUAAAUUAUACGCGUCUUCAUACGUACACAACUACGAAGGUAAGGAUUUUUUUAUCUUAAUUUUUCUGUUAGACGACACAGGCCAGUGUUAGCAGGGAUAGCUAGCUAGCUAGCUAGGUACACUACUGUUAGUUGUGUUAGUUUCUCCUGUUAGUGUUAGUGUGUUAGUAUCUUCUGUAAGACAAAAAUGAAGUCUUAUGUUGAAGCUGUUGUUCAUGAUAUUUAUUUCUAUACCUAUAUUACAUGUAAUGCGUUAUAUUUACCUUGUUGUGCUAAAAUGCUAUGUGAAUAAUGCUAACACAGAGCAACAGCAUGAAGACGCUGCUAGUUUGAUUAGUUACAAACCAAUAAUUAUCUACCUGAUUAAUGUACCAACUGUACAGUCAUUUUGUAUGUUGUUAUUCAGUGUCGAAUAUGGACAGGCUGUCAGGUGAAGUCAGCGUGAGAGCCUUGUGCUACAGAUCCAUGAGGAAGAACGAGUCACCACACAGUUUACGAAUCAGGCUUUGGGAUUCUUCUCCUGUUGUGUUGACACACACAUGCUGUUCAUGUGUCGCAGGCACUGCUCUUUGCAACCACAUAGUGGCUUUGCUUUUCCAAACGGCACAUUUUUCUCAGCUCAGUGUGCCAGUAGUCCCCCCUGUACACAGCUGUACUGAAACGGAACAACGCUGGCACAAACCUCGGACAAUUGGUGUAAAGCCAGGACCCAUCAACAGCAUGGUGAUCACCAAACCUGUGCCAAACCGGACAUCUCAAGGUGGGGUUAGAAGCGGACUCUACAGAGGCAUGGUGGGCCCUUUACCGGACCCAUGCAUGUUUAGAAUUGCAGAGGCUUAUGAAAAGUUUGCACUUGAAGACAAGCCACUAGUGACCACCAUGGGCAUGGGAAUAAAGAAGCCAGCUGUUCAGUGUGCUUUUGGUAUGGUGCAGGAGGGCAGUGUAUUGUCAUACCAGCAGCCUGUCUUACCAUCACGGCACAUCACACUGCAUCUUGAUGCUCCAUCUUUUCCUCAUCUGCCUCUGGAAGACCACCACCUUGAUGCACCCACAUGUGCUUUUGUGUGCACUGAACAGGAGCUUUUUCACCUGAAAGCUUUGGAGGUGUCACUUAACAUGGCUCACCAAAUUGAGGCUUCAACUCAGGAGCAGAGUUCCUGUGCUGACUGGCAUGUGCUUCGCCAGCCUAGAGUGACAGCCUCACGUUUUCGUGAGGUGUGUCAUGUCAAAGGGCAAAGCUCUGCGGAAUCCCUAGCUGAGCGCAUCAUCAGAGGUACCAGACAGACGGCAGAAAUGAAGAGAGGUGUAGAGAUGGAGUCCGGAGCAGCAUCUGAAUACUGCAAAAUGCUGAAUGUUAACUACACUCCAUGUGGUCUAGUCAUCCACCCAGAUGCUCCCUGGCUUGGUGCAUCCCCUGAUGGUGUUGUAUUCGACCCAACUGAAUACCCCCAGUUUGGCUUGGUGGAAAUAAAAUGUCCUAAUGUGAAGAACUACAUUGACUGUAAGUAUCUGCACAUGGAGUAUGGAUGUUCCAAACUAAAGAAGACUCAUGCGUAUUACUGGCAGAUUCAAGGUCAGUUACUGAUCACUGGGUUGCAGUGGUGUGAUUUCGUGGUGUGGGCUCAGGAAGACAUCUUUGUGGAACGGAUUUACAUGGAUGCAGAUGUACAGAGGCAAAUUCGUGAGAAGACAGACUUUUUUUACUUCUACACAUACAUGACAAAAUACCUGUCAAUGAAACGUUAAAAUGUAAAAAUGAAAACUGAAUCUGUUUACACUUGUUACAAAAUGUUUUUAUUGUACAAAGUUUACAAAAAUUCAUACAGAAUCUGCACAAACACACCUGAAUCACAUUAUAGGUUUAAUAUAUAUGAGGUGUGUCUAAAAUUACUGUGGCUUUUAGUACAAUCUGCUCUUUUACAGUUUAAUAUAUCGUCGCUGUCCCAAAAAAAAAAAAAAACUCAAUUUUGGUCGAUUUUUAGUUUACUACAUAAUUUGAACAAACAAACAGUUCCUUACACUGUUUCACAAUUUAUUGUUCAAUGGAGCAAUAGAAACUCUUUAAAAUGACCUGAAAAACUCUUUUUACAUUGACUUCUAUUGAAAGUUUACAAGAUUUUUUUCUCUUUCCUGUACAGUUGCUGUUUUGGAGAUAAGUGUUUUUCAUUGGACAGCGACGAUAAACCUUGUGUGAACAUGGAAUGUUCUGUAUACAAUUAUCUACUGCUAUAGUAUAAACAUUUUGCACCCAUAAUAAGUA